AUCCAUCAUCAUCGUCGUCAUCAGUCGAAGAGGUCGCAACUUGAAGACAUGAGCCGAGACUCUUCGUCGACCAAUCCCAUCGACUAGAGGUUGUUGACAUCCCCCUAUGUCGUCGUACAUCUCAUAGUCUGCCGACACUCUGCACACAGGCAACAUCAGAGGACUGGCUAUGCCACGAUGGCGAGCGACUCGAACAUAGACAGGGCUAUCCGCCAACUACCGCCCCCAUCCAGCUCGUCCUCCUCGUCCCCUUCGCCGGUGACAUCAGCAUCACCAACUCGUCGUCAAGGCUCAUCGUCCCGUGACGUCCUGCCUAGCCAUCAUCGACCAGGACAACUCCACGUACACGGACGGACCCGAUCCAUCUCCAUCUCUUCGAGAGCGUCCGGGUUCAGUCAGGAAGAACUCGUCAGGCCGACGUUGACUUUUGCGGACGAUCGAGACUCCCUCAUGGCACUCCCCCCACCCUCAAGAAUCGCACCGAACCGAUCCGUAUGGAAGAGGAUCACGCACGUCCACCAUUACCCGGCUUCCGUCACUUUGCCGUUGACUUGCCUAUCCAUCGCUCUCAACGCAUUAACGGCAAACGGACCGUACGUAUGGCCGACCUACGGACCGAUCGUCAUCGAGCGUCUCGGACUCUCCGUCACCCAAGGGUCGACGAUCGCGUUAGGAGGCGUGUUGGGGACUUAUUUGGGAGCGGCGCCUUUGGGGAGGUUUUCUGAUAAGAAGGGGCCUAGGGCGGCGUCGCUUUUAUCCGCCGUAUUGUCGUUUGUGGGGUAUCAAUCGUUCGCCCUGAUCUUGACUUACAAGGACCGGUUCGAGGUCGCAUUCGAUGACCGGGAUCCGGAUCCCUACUCGGACCCAUACUUGGGCUCGGACAACACGUCAGGCGGUUCAUCCCCACUCCCGUUCCUCCUAGCGCUCUCCUACUUUUGCCUGGGAGGAGCUGCCAUCGGAGCCUACUUUUCCAGCUUGACCACCGCCGCCCUCCAAUUUCCUCGAUACCCCACCCUGGCGCUCAGUUUGCCGCUGAGUUGUUACGGACUGAGCAGCUUGACACUGAGCAGUAUCGCCCGGUCGAGGUUCUUCUUGGACCGUUCGAGUCAACUCGAUCCGAUCCGGUUGACAAGGUUUUUGGGGGUGCUCGUUCCGUGCAUCAACGUGUUUGCGGCGAUCUGGUUGUUCGUCUCGUCAGCGGCUGUGGAGACGUACCCGGACGACCCGACGCAGGUCCAGGAUACCGAGGCUGAGAGGGAGCCGUUGUUGAGUCCGGCAGAUGAUGACUUUGAUGAAGACGCCGGCGAGGUCGCGUUUGCGGAUUCCACCUCGGGGGGUCCUGGUCCUGACCUUUCGGCCUCGCUGCACCGCGAGCUAGAGGACCACGGCCGACGUCGCGCUCAACAACACCUCUCCGUAGGCAGACUGUCCGCUCCGAACCCCCGUGUGGCGUCGAUCGCUUCGUCCGUCAAGAUCGUCGAUCCGAACGAACACACGCCUUUGCUCAUCGGUGGGCCCGAAGCGCUGUACGCCUCGGUCGUCGAGGAGACGGCUUCCGUCAGAGCGAGGUUGGCUAGUCGACCGCCGACGUUGCGUGGUGGAGUAACAGAAGCGGAUAAUGUGAACGUCGACCUCGAGGCCAAGUCGAUCCCCGAAGGACAGGUCGAUUGGGAUUUCAAGAGCCUCGGGAUGGACCGCGGGUUGUGGGCGUUUGGGACGGUCAUGCUCCUCGGGAUGGGUCCGGCCGAGAUGGUCUUGUCCAACAUUGGCUCGAUCGCCAACUCAUUGUCCACGGAUCAUGACGAUGCCGAUAAUUCCCUCGCGUUGAGGUCUCACCUCGUCCUCUUGCUCUCGGUCUCCUCGACGGUGGCGAGGCUCGUCACGGGCGUACUUGUGGAUUACCUCUCGCCCGUCUCGCCCCAGCCCGGGAGCCGACGUCGGACGAUCGAUCGGUCGGUCUUGGCCGCAGGGUGUCUCGUCGUUCUCUCCGGAGCGUUACUCUGGGGCGCAUUGGGAGUCCGGUCUGUCAAGGGGUUGGAUCUGCUCAGUAUUGGGGUAGGGGGGAUGUAUGGGGCGGUGUUUACCAUCACGCCGGCGGUCACGUCGAGACACUUUGGACCGGGUCAUUUUGGGUUGGCUUGGGGUAUGGUCUCGUACUUUGUCGCUGCGGGAGCCAUCUUUUUCUCCUACUUUUACGCCUUCAUCUCCGAAUACCAAGGCGGCCAUCAGUCCCGACAUCGCACGCCUGGCGCUGGCACGGGAGAGGACGAUGACGACGGUCGACCGCGGUGUCAGGGGACGACGUGCUUCGAGUUGACCUUCUGGGUAUCGACGGUCUCGUGCUUGUUGGCGGCGGUCGGGAUGGUCUGGUUGGGAAGACGAUGGAAGUUGUAGCGGCGCGGGGGGUUAUGGACAGAGUGUAGGGAGGUGAGUUUCUCUUGGUUGGGAUUGGUUGUACCAUUAGCACAUUGUUAGCAUCGUUGCAUCGCAUAUCGACAUGAAUCUUCGUUUUGUAAA